GCGGAUCACGAUCACUCGAACGACAACGCGCGGUCUGCACGGGGAUCUCACCCCCCGCCCCGAGCGGCUGACCGACCACCGAUCGGCGAUCGACUCUAUCUCCGGCGGCCGGAGCGUGCACCGGCGACGUGGUAGCAUCGAGCUAAGUAAGCUUAGCUAGCGGGCGGGCGGGCGGCCGUCAUGGAGGGGCAUCAGCAGCAGGCGGCCGUCAUGGAGGAGCAUCAGCAGCAGGCGGCGGCGGCUGGAGGCGGCGCGCCGCUGUGCGCGAACGGGUGCGGGUUCUUCGGUAGUCCGGCGACCAAGAACCUCUGCUCCAAGUGCUACCGCGACCACCUCAAGGAGACGGCGGCGGCGGCCGUCGUCGUCAGCGGGGCUCCCGACUUCACGGACAAGUUCACGGUGCUGGAGGAGAUCAGCGAGGACGACGUUUCCUCCGCCUCCGCCGCCGACGAGGAGGAUGAGGAGCAGGUGCUGUGCGCGAACGGCUGCGGGUUCUUCGGCAGCAAGGAGACCAAGAACCUCUGCUCCAAGUGCUACCGCGACCACCUCAAGGCGGCGGCGUCGCUGCCGUCGCCGGCCAUCGCGCACGAGACCAACUCCUCCGUCCUGGCGGCGCCGCCGUCGCCCAAGGAGAGGCCGAACAGGUGCUUGGCGUGCCGGAAGAAGGUGGGGCUGCUGGGGUUCGACUGCCGGUGCGGCGGCACGUUCUGCUCGACGCACCGCCACGGCGACAAGCACGGCUGCAGCUACGACUUGAAGGACACCGGCAGGGAGAAGAUCGCUAAGGAGAACCCUCUCGUCGCGCCGUCCAAGAUCACCAAGAUUUGAAACCACCCCAAAUUAGCUUACAAAAACACGACUUUAUUUUUUCUUAUGCUAGCUCUUUCACAUCGUGAUGUAAGAUUUUCGUUGAUUAG